AUGGAAAGGGCUGGUGGUGCUGAUGUCAGAGCCAGGAGACAGUUGUGAUUGGAUCUAAUUAGACUUUGCAGCAGCAAAUAGACAAGCUCCCUGCAUGAUUGGCUUCAAAGUGUCUGGUGCCAAACAACUAACAGAGGCGCAAAAAGUAGAAGCCGUGCAUUUACAGCCCUGCUAAAGGGAGUCAGACAGAACGCGAGCUACCCAGAGCUCUUCCGAUGCUUGAGUCUCUACCUUUGCACAGCUCUCACGACAUCGUCGGAGCAUUUAAGCAUGCCAGCCCAGGAGAUCAGAGACAGUCAGCCCAGCUGAAAACAAGUGACAGAGAACAAUUAGAGAGGGGGCUCAGUACUCAAAAGUGAUCCCGCUCCUUGAUCUGCAAAACGGAAGCAGCAGCUGCUGCUGCUGCGAGAGCGAGAAAAAAGGUGAAAUUUACCAAGAAAAGAACUCGUCUCUAUUCCCGUCUAUUGAAUCUCAGCCAUGGCAUCCGUCUUGGGGAACAACAGAGGGUCUGGAGGGCUAAGUAGUCAACUCAAAUGUAAGUCCAAGAGGAGGAGGAGAAGAAGAUCAAAGAGAAAAGGAUGGCUCCCAGGGAAAUACCAUGCCAUUGUUCCACAGAUUUCACUGGAUACCAGUCAGUUCCUUCUGGAAAAAGUAAGCAUAUUGUCAACUUUCAUCGCUCCCUUCAAGUACCUAAGCUCUGGUGCCACAAAUAUGGAAGAUGAAGACAAUUUAAGUACCAGCAGUGCAGAAGUGAAGGAAAACCGCAACGUGGGCAACUUGGAGGCGAAACCACUGCCAUCCAGUGACCACUCCAGAGGGGGGACAUCCAGCAUCAAGAGGAAAAGACCCUUAGAGGAAGGGAACAGUGGCCAUUUCUGCAAACUCCAACUCAUCUGGAAGAAGCUGUCAUGGUCGGUGGCACCAAAGAAUGCCCUGGUUCAACUCCAUGAACUGAAACCAGGUUUACAGUACAGAAUGGUUUCUCAGACAGGACCAGUCCAUGCUCCGGUCUUUGCAGUAGCCGUGGAGGUGAAUGGAUUCACCUUUGAAGGCACAGGACCCACGAAAAAGAAAGCCAAGAUGAGGGCAGCAGAGUUAGCUCUGAAGUCUUUUGUCCAGUUCCCCAAUGCGUGCCAAGCACACUUUGCCAUGGGAAAUGGCAUCAGCCCAUCAACAGACUUUACCUCUGACCAGGCCGACUUUCCAGAUACUCUGUUCAAAGAGUUUGAACCAUCCCCUCCAAGUGAUAACUUUUCCAGCUGCCGUUCCGUUAACACUGAGUUGCUCUCGACAGCUUACCGACAGGGGAGGUUACUCUACCACAGGUUGGACUUGAUGGGUCAUUCAAAGCCCAAGUCCAAGUCAGCCUUCCAGGGAGAGAGGGAAAAGAACCCAGUGGUGGUACUGAAUGAACUGCGCUCGGGGCUGAGAUACAUCUGCCUUUCUGAGACAGUGGAGAAGCAGCACGCCAAGAGCUUUGUGAUGGCAGUGAGAGUGGAUGGGAGGACAUUUGAAGGCUCGGGACGUAGCAAGAAGCUGGCCAAGGGCCAAGCAGCCCAGGCUGCUCUGCAGGCCCUCUUUAACAUUCGGCUGCCCAGCCACAUUCCCAGCAGGAGUAAAUGUAACCCUUUGCCACAGGAGUUUGCUGAUUCCGUGUACCAGCUGGUCACACAGAAGUUUCAAGAGUUGACGGACAACCUGGCUUCCAUGCAUGCCCGCCACAAAUCUCUGGCAGGAAUUGUCAUGACAAAGGGCUUGGAUGUUAGGCAUGCUCAGGUAAUUGCACUGUCAUCGGGCACCAAGUGCAUAAAUGGAGAAUACAUCAAUGACCAGGGACUCGUGGUCAAUGACUGCCACGCUGAGAUUGUGGCGAGGAGAGCAUUUGUUUACUUCCUCUACUCACAGCUGGAGCUGCACCUCAGCAAACAUCGAGAGGACUCAGAACGAUCCAUCUUCAUGCAGUUGAAAGAGGGAGGCUACCGGCUGAAAGAGAACAUCCUAUUUCAUCUGUAUGUGAGCACCUCUCCCUGCGGAGACGCACGCCUCAACUCUCCCUAUGAAAUCACAACUGACUUGAAUAGCAGCAGGCACAUCGUCAGGAAGUUCCGAGGACACCUACGAACAAAGAUAGAAUCAGGGGAAGGGACCAUCCCCGUCCGGUGUCACAACGCUGUCCAGACAUGGGAUGGUGUGUUGCUGGGAGAGCAGCUUGUCACGAUGUCAUGCACAGACAAGAUUGCCAGAUGGAACAUUCUUGGGUUGCAAGGAGCUCUCCUCAGUCACUUCAUCGAGCCUAUCUACUUGCACAGCAUUGUGGUGGGGAGCCUACAUCACACUGGUCACCUUUCCAGGGUAAUGAGUCACAGAAUAGAAGAUAUUGGUCAGCUGCCAACUUCAUACCGGCAUAACCGGCCACUCCUCAGUGGAGUGAGUAAUGCUGAGUUUCGCCAACCAGGAAAAUCUCCCCAAUUCAGUGUGAAUUGGAUUAUGGGUAAUGCAGACUUAGAGGUUAUCAAUGCCACCACGGGGAAGAGAAACUGUGGAAGCUCAUCCAGGCUCUGCAAACACGUGCUCUCUGCCCGAUGGGCAAAACUUUAUGGAAAGCUGAGCACACGGAUCCCAAGCCAUGGAGAUGCGCCAUCAGUGUACUGCGAGGCCAAGCUGGUGGCCCAGACUUACCAGUCUGUUAAACAGCAGCUGUUUAAAGCGUUUCAGAAAGCAGGUCUGGGCACCUGGGUGAGGAAACCCCCAGAGCAAGACCAAUUUCUACUAACUGUAUAAAUCAUUAGACUCCUUUGCUACUCAACCAGAUUGAAACAAGUGGAGAAGGCCAGGGCAGGACAAGUGAGCUAAAACAAAGGGAUUGUGCUGAUCAGUUUUUCCCUUUUAGGUCCCAGAAAGACAUAUAAGCAAAGCGUACUGUAUUUGAAUGAGGCACAAAAAAAUGGCUUUGGAAACCAUCACUUCUCAUUGCCAACACCCUACCAUGGUUGUGAAUGCCAAGACUCCUGUCUGGCAUAUGUAACAGUGCCACUGAGUGAUGCCAUGCUUCUUCCAUUUCUUCCCCAGGAUAUGAUGCCGGGUGUAAUUCCUACCUAGGAUUCUGGGGUAAUAGUCAUAGUUUAAAAAA